AUGGCGGCAGGACAAUAUAGCGAAAGCUACAGUCAAAUUGGUGACUAUAAAAGGCACCGAGCUAUGAUUCUUGAGACAGCCAAGCACAUCAUGGCAGAAGAAGUGAAGGUUCCUGUGCUUAUCCACAACGGUAAAGCCAUCUCUGAAUCACUAGUCAUUCUUGAAUACAUUGAAGAGACAUGGAAGCAAACUCCUUUGUUGCCUAAAGAUCCUUUCCAGCAAGCCAAUGCACGUUUUUGGGCUAAGUUUAUUGAUGAAAAGCUCUACCCAUCAAUUGUGUGGGGUGUGUUCUUGAAGGAGGGACAAGAGCAAGAAAAAGGGGUGCUUGAAUCCUUGGAGAACUUACGACAUUUAGAAGACGAGUUCAGAGGAAAGAAAUUCUUUGGUGGGGAGACAAUUGGACUAGCAGACCUUGCAUUAGGAUGGCUUGCUUAUUACCUUGAUAUCUUUGAGGACGCAGCAGGUCUGAAACAAGCAGACGAGGAAAAAUUUCCAUCCUUAGCGGCAUGGAAGCAGGAAUUUGCAAAUGUUCCAGUCGUCCGUCAAAGCUGGCCCGAUAGAGGCAAGAUAGCUGAAAAGCUUGUUGCCAUGCGUCACAAUCUCAUGCAACCUAAUUCCAAAUCAUACACGACGGGACAAUGUAGCGAAAGCCACAGUCAAGCUGGUGAUUAUAAAAGGCACCGAGCUAUGAUUCUUGAGACAGCCAAGCACAUCAUGGCUGAAGAAGUGAUGGUUUUUAGGUCAUUGACAAGUCCAUUCGCUUUAAGAGUCAUCUGGGCUCUGAAAUUGAAGGGUGUUGAGUUUGAAGAAAUAUGGGAAGAUCUCUCCAACAAGAGCCCUUUACUCUUGCAGUACAAUCCUAUCUACAAGAAGGUUCCUGUGCUUGUCCACAACGGUAAAGCCAUCUCUGAAUCACUAGUCAUUCUUGAAUACAUUGAAGAGACAUGGAAGCAAACUCCUUUGUUGCCUCAAGAUCCUUACCAGCGAGCCAAUGCACGUUUUUGGGCUAAGUUUAUUGAUGAAAAGCAGCUCUACCCAUCAAUUAGGUUUGGAGUGCUCUUGAAGGAAGGAAAAGAGCAAGAAAAAGGGGUGCUUGAAUUCUUGGAGAACUUACAACAUGUAGAAGAUGAGUUAAGAGGAAAGAAAUUCUUUGGUGGGGAGACAAUUGGACUAGCAGACCUUGCAUUAGGAUGGCUUGCUUAUUACCUUGAUAUCUUUGAGGAGGCAGCAGGUCUGAAACUGGCAGACGAGGAAAAAUUUCCAUCCUUAGCGGCAUGGAAGCAGGAAUUUGCAAAUGUUCCAGUCGUCCGUCAAAGCUGGCCCGAUAGAGGCAAAGUGGCUGAAAGGUUUGUUGCCAUGCGUAAGGCCAGUCUUGGAAAAGAAACACCUAGAUGA